CAAGACUCUAAUGGCGUUUACUGUUUUCCGAUUACACGCCGUCGUUUUAAUGUAUUUUAGAAUAUAUUUUUGAUUGGCAGCUUUUUUAAAGCCACACGAUGGUAUUUGCGGUUGGCGCGAACCCGACCCGAAAUAACGUCGACGUGGCCCAAUUUUUUUAACAUAUUUUCAUCGGUGAAUUUGAUUUCUUGAGUCAUAAUGGCGACAAUGGAGGCUUCUUCACUGUGUAGAGUUCCGUCUCUGUGGACCGUUAGAUCAAGACCACGUCAGAUAAAAUCCACGGCUGGUUUCGUUUCUCCGGGAAGAAGAAGAAGCCGCGGCGGCGGCGGCGGCAUGAUGACGAUGAGUAAUCGACGGCUCAAAACGACGUCGGCUCUAAGUGAACUAGCUGACACGGUGGCGGAGACAGGCAAAUCGGAGAUUACGUGGCAGAUUAUAGUUGGAACCAUUGCUGGAAUCAUACCAUUCGUUGUUGCAGGUGUUGAAUUCAGCAAAAGAAUAAUUGCACAGAAGAGAUGUGAAGAAUGUGGAGGAACAGGACUUGUUUCUCGAGACAAAAAGUAUUUUCGUUGUCCUGAAUGUGGUAACUUCGAUUUCUCUCUAUAUCUUUCUUUUACAUUUUGAAAAUGUAAAAGUAUACUUUAGUGUUUGUUUCUGUUUUAUUUGCAGGUGGGUUUCUUCCAUGGCAGUCAUGGAGAAGAUUCUUUACAGGCUGAUGUUGAUGAUCUCUGCAAUCAGAUUUUCUUGGAAACAUAUAAAGCUUUGUGUUUUUUUUUUACAAAACAUUUUCGAAUUAAUAAAAAACAAAUAAAUAUGUUGGGAGAUUAAGACCAAUAUCUCUAUCUUAGUGUGUCAUGAUAUACAUACAUACAUACAUACAUAUAGAUCAUAGAUUACAAAGAACAAUGUUAUUCCAUUCCUAACCUAGGAAGAAUCAAGAUAAAUAAUGCAAGUAUAGAGCCUUUGUUUUUCUUUUUCUUUAUUGUGUUACUGUGGUUGGUUUGUGCAGACCAUCCUCCUCUAGAGACCAUAUUGUAUUCUUGCUAUGUUAUGUGGAUAUAUACGGAUAACAGGAAGAGAUGUCAUCUG